AUGGCCUCGCAACACCACCACCAUCACAACAGCAACAACAACAACUCUCAGAGUAGCCAGAGUCCGCGCACCACAGAAUCUAUGGCACGCUCGGUUGGCAUCCCGCAACGUUUGCGAAAUGAGGAAUCCUGGGUCGAGAUCUCCUCUCAACCAUCCUCCUCCUCCCUCUCCUCUAUCGGCGAUGAAAUCGUAACUACAGGACUACGAGUCCAGCACAACGUCGAUCCCCGCCGGCGAAGACGAGGCCCUGGGAUGUCACACAUGGCUUUGGAGACGAGACACGCGGGGACAAGCAGCCAGGAGGAAUACGAAGAGAGCGAGAGCGAGUCCGACCAUGUGUUGAGCAGUUCGAAUGAUUCUACCCACCUCCACGCCGCCCGGCAAGAAUAUGAUGCAGGUUCCUCCGACGAAGAGGAUGAAGAUGAGAAUGCCACCGCUCUUGGGAGACGAACCGAUGCAGGAGUUGCUCAAGAGCCGGUCUUCACUCCACAACCCAAUGCCUUCUCCCACCCGCCCUCUGUGCCAGGCUCCUAUUUCCCCCGUUCCUCGCAGCGCAGUCCCUCGAGGGCUACGUAUCCGAACCGAUCUGCGUCACGAACUCAACAUUCCAGCUACAACCAAGCAGAUCACGACGCCGCACUUCGUGCUUCUCUCUCUACUCUCCUCUCCAUCGGCGCCGCGGCCGCGAGAGGUCUCCCCAAACGUAACCAAGCAACCACCGCUCCCGGCAGCAACGAGCCCAUGUCCCUCCGCUUUGUGCCCGAAUCCGAACUAAUGCCCACCGCCGCCAACUCCUCCCGGCCCCUCAGCCCCAGCACCCGCGCUCGCUCGAGCCCCUCGAUCUCCUCCCAAGAAGCCGUAGCCUUAGACAUGAACAAGCGGAAAGCAUCAGCCUCGAAGCCGGCGGGGGAGAAGGGCCAGGUGAAGAAGAAGAAGAAAGUUCAGCUAGUGGACGAUGCGUUGAUCUCCCCCACGCUCCUGACCUGGGUGGUGAGUGCUGGCGUCGUCGUGCUGGUCAGCGUGGUGGGCUUUGGCGCCGGGUACGUGAUCGGGCGCGAGGUGGGCCGGCAGGAAGCCCUGAGCGGCCUGAACGGGUCGGCGGUCUUGGAUUCGACGAGCUGCGGGAGGGAGGUCGCUCGGGGUGGCUCUGGAAGCCUGCGAAAGUUCCGGUGGGGCAGUGGCGUGGCUAGGAGUAUCGUUGCUUGA